CAAUCCCCGCUGGCCACAGCUAGCCUCCCUUCUGGCCCCUUUCCGUCACCAGUUGAGGUACCCCCUCCAGGCCCACAGCCAGCCAAUCAGGAGCGCGAUAGCAUCCCGCCUUUGUGUUCGUUUGCAGAGGCACGUAUCAGUUGGAAUUCUGAGGAACCAGCGCUGCCGCCCACCUUUGGCAGCUAGCUGUGUUUUAAAGGAGGUAGCGGGAAGCCGGUGUGCGGUCUACUUUAUCAUCUCCAGGAUUUUUUGCAAUUGAGAAUAGCAAAGUAAACCAAGAUGUCUGUGGAUCCAAUGACCUAUGAGGCCCAGUUCUUUGGCUUCACACCACAAACUUGCCUGCUUAGGAUCUACAUUGCGUUUCAAGACUACCUAUUUGAAGUGAUGCAGGCUGUCGAACAGGUUAUUCUAAAGAAACUGGAGGCCAUCCCAAACUGUGAGAUUACCCCAGUCCAGAUUCGUAAAUGCACAGAGAAGUUUCUUUGCUUCAUGAAAGGACGUUUUGAUAAUCUUUUUGGCAAAAUGGAGCAGCUGUUUUUGCAGUUGAUUUUGCGCAUUCCCCCAAACAUCUUGCUUCCUGAAGAUAAAUGUCAGGAGAUGCAUCCUUACAGUGAGGAAGAACUCCAGCUUCUCCAAAAAGAAAUUGAAGCGUUACAAGAGAAGUACAAAACCGAAUUAUGUACCAAGCAGGCCCUUCUUACAGAAUUGGAAGAGCAAAAAAUUGUUCAGGCCAAACUCAAACAGACCUUGACUUUGUUUGAUGAGCUUGAAAACGUUGGCAGAGAUCAUGGGACCAGUGAUUUUAGGGAGAGUUUGGUGUCCAUGGUCCAGAAUGCCAGAAAACUUCAGAACAUUAGAGACAAUGUAGAAAAGGCAAGCAAAAAACUGAAAAUAUCUUAAUUUCUCAAUAGUGAAAAGAAAGAGUAUAUUAAAAGAAAGAUUUCCUUUGUGUACUUUUUCUUGUGUUCCAUCUCUUUUUUGGUCCACUCUUCUGAAGUAUGUAGGUGCUGCCUUGAACUCAAACUUGUCUUAAAAGCAUUUGUUCAUUAGAGACCUCUAAUAGGUGGGAAAGGAUUCUUGAUUCAGGAGAAUGGCUUUUUUGUAGGCAUGAUUAAAGAAGUGAAGCAUCAGCCAAUGAUUUUUGUAAAAGUGUACCUUGGUCAUGAGUUCUUUAUGCUCCUGGUCCUUCUGGCUUAUUCUUUGGAUGAGACCAAAUGAGAAAAAGUUUAAAUAGGUGGAUCCUUUAUUAAACAUUCAGUACACUGUGGGCAGCCAAUAGAGUACUUGUUCUUGCCCAGUAAGUUUCCUUACAUGAGGAAGUUGAUAACUGAAAGAAACAGGUAGCAAAAAAAGACUUUGAUCUUUGGCGAAGAAGUUGUUUUUGUUUCCCAAAAGUAAAUCUUCCCAUGAACAAGGUUCUGGUGAUAGUAAGCAAUUUAUUACUUGGACAAGAGGAGAAGACCUUGGACAGUAAAGAAGCAGAUCUCACUGGACGAAAAAAGAAAGCAUGAGGCAUACCCAAAAUGAAAUUUAUAUUUACUGACUCAUAGGCUUUAUGUUAAUGUUUUUUAAUGCUUCAGUUAAUUUUUGGAACUGCCUUGUACUAAUAUUUACUUGACUUAUUCACACUCAUAGGCAUCAAAUAUUUGCUUAUUCCCCAGAUCACCAAGAGAAGGGGAGAAAUACCAAUGAUUGUUGUUAAGCUGUUACUUCCCCUCCAUGUCUUCCUAAAGAACAGGGUUUGGAGUUUGUCCUUUAUGUAUUGAAGGAUUAAUUUAAGAGUAUUAAUGUUUGUAAUUAAGUAGUUUUGGAC